GUCCCGGGAGAAGACAGGACUCCCGCUGUCCGACCCGGAAGUGCUUCUCUUAUCCGUGGCGGAGAAAGGAGACCGUGGGUCCCUGGGUUGCGGAAGAGGUGGCCGUGCACUGUCGUCAGUAUGCAGCGAUUGCUCUUUCCGCCCUUGAAAGCCUUGAUGGGGAGGCAGUAUCUGCGGCUCCUGGCUCGUAGGGCGGCGCCUAGAGCACAGUGUGAUUGCAUCAGACGCCCUUUGGGGCCAGGGCAAUACAGCACCGUCUCUGAAGUAGCUUUGCAAUCUGGAAGGGGUACAGUGUCCCUUCCCUCAAAGGCAGCUGAGCGGGUGGUGGGCCGAUGGCUCCUGGUCUGCAGUGGAACAGUGGCUGGAGCAGUUAUUCUUGGUGGAGUAACUAGGUUGACAGAGUCUGGCCUCUCAAUGGUAGAUUGGCAUUUAAUAAAGGAGAUGAAGCCACCUACAAGCCAAGAGGAAUGGGAAGCAGAAUUCCAAAGAUACCAGCAAUUUCCAGAAUUUAAAAUCUUGAAUCAUGAUAUGACAUUGGCAGAAUUCAAGUUCAUCUGGUACAUGGAGUACUCACACCGAAUGUGGGGUCGCCUUGUAGGCCUUGCAUACAUCCUGCCUGCUGCCUACUUUUGGAGAAAGGGCUGGCUCAGCCGUGGCAUGAAAGGACGUGUUCUUGCCCUCUGUGGCCUAGUCUGCUUCCAGGGUCUGUUGGGAUGGUAUAUGGUGAAAAGUGGACUAGAAGAAAAACCAGACACCCAUGACAUCCCUCGGGUCAGUCAGUACCGCCUCGCUGCUCACCUGGGAUCAGCCCUGGUUCUUUAUUGUGCCAGCUUAUGGACCUCGCUCUCACUGCUGCUCUCUCCACACAACUUGCCUGAAACCCGUCAACUCCAACGGUUGAGACGAUUUGCUCAUGGAACAGCAGGUCUGGUGUUCCUUACAGCUCUCUCAGGGGCUUUUGUGGCAGGGCUAGAUGCUGGGCUUGUUUACAACUCCUUUCCCAAAAUGGGAGAAUCCUGGAUCCCGGAGGACCUCUUUACCUUCUCCCCCAUCCUGAGGAAUGUUUUUGAGAAUCCCACCAUGGUGCAGUUUGAUCACCGGAUUCUGGGAAUCACUUCAGUCACUGCCAUUACAGUGCUGUACUUCUUUUCCCGGAGAAUUCCCCUUCCUAGAAGGACCAAGAUGGCAGCAAUGACACUGCUGGCUUUGGCGUAUACACAGACAUACUACAGAAGUGAACUCCCACAAAAGAUGCAACUGCACUGUAAUUCAACAAACAUGUCAUGAACACUUCCAUGCAGAAGGAACUGUUAGCAGCUACACUAUAUAUUGCACAUUUUAAAUUGGCAAUUUAAUUCAUCUCCCUUAUCCUGUGAUGCCAGGUCUGAAUAUGGGAAACAGCAAGAGAUCACAAUAAGCUGCCGUACUUUAUGAGUCCUAAUAAAGCUCAGAAUGUACCCUUACCCAGAUCAGGUGAGGUCUUUAAGAGAUGCUACCCCACUGGCAGGGGUGGUCAGAAAGGAGGAGGAAGCAAGGACUUAUCUUAGGAGGAUGUGAAUACUUCUUCCUAAUAUCUGCAGCUGGACACGGUAUUUCAGAAACUCAGAUUCCAUGUCAAAUGUACCUGUUUUUGUUAAGAGUUUCAUUCAGAACAAGAUCUUCAUAUCGCUGCCGGGCAAAGUUGCCUCCGAAACCCAAAAAAGUUGUGACGUAAACCCUGUACACGUGUUCAGUGUGCUGCACAUCACAGCCCAGGUUGAACUCAGCCAGCAGGAUCUUGGCAGCUUCUUCCUGUAAUACAACACCAAGAGAAAAAAGAGAAUUUUAGUUCUGAUUGCUUUCUAGAAAGCUAUGACAUUGCUAAUAUACCAGGCUUCAUUUCUAUGACUACUGUUUAAAAUAUCUUCAGCAUUCGUUCAUCCUCAUGGCAUUAUUUUAAACAAAGUCAAAAAAUGGCAAGACUGCACCAAAAGGUACAAAUUACACACUAAAUUAAAAACUAAAUAUAAAAUUAGAGACCAAAACAUUAUCUGUAGUUACAUAGGAGGUAGAAUUACUACAGAUAUCAUUUUCUCACAUGUAUUUUUCUGUAUUUUCCAAUUUCCCACAAUGGGAAUUUAUUUUAAUAAAUAGGAAAAAAAAUCCUUCAAUAAAAAUAAAUUCAAGGAAUUCUGUGGAUCAUUAUCAGAUCUAUUCUAUGGCCUUUUCUUUUUGAGACAGUGUUUCACUCUGCUGCCAGUCUGGAGUGCAGUGGUGUGAUCUUAGGUCACUGCAACCUCUGCCUCCUGGGUUCAAGCGAUUCUCUUGCCUCAGCCUCCUGAAUAGCUAGGACUACAGGCACAUACCAUCACACUCAGCUAAUUUUUAUAUUUUUAGUAGAGACGGGGUUUCAUCAUGUUGGUUAAGAUGGUCUGAAUCUCUCAACUUCGUGAUCCGCCCACCUUGGCCUCCCAAAGUGCCAGGAUUACAGAUGUGAAGCAUCACGCCCGGUUCUGUGGCCUUUUCUAAAAUUAUCCAAGAAGCCCUAAGGUUCCUUGUGACAGGUUUGGGGAUUGGGAAAGUUCCACUUUCUUGUACCUUCAAUGAAAAUGUGUUAUAUCUUUUUCUUGAACCCCAAUGGCAGAGGCUGAAUUAAUUAUAUUCCUCAGCUCAUGCCACAUUUAUCAUGGCAAAGGCUCUCUUUUGCUUUAUUUAUUCCCUUUUAUCGUCACACUUAUUCUCAUUCCCACUGUCUGCCAUAGGCAACCAUUGUAAUGUGUUUAUGUAUAAUUAUUGUAUAUAUGUAUUGUUAUAAAAUGAAGAUUCUUGUUUUGAAUUUAUUUUUAAUUAGUGAAAAUGUCAUUGUGCCCUGCAAUUUCACUCCAAAGUAUAUAACAAGAGAUCCAAAAACUGGGCCAGGCAUGGUGGCUCACACCUGUAAUCCCAGCACUUUGGAAGGCCAAGACGGGUGGAUCACUUGAGGUCAGGAGUUUGGAAACAGCCUGGCCAACAUGGUGAAACCCCAUCUCUACUAAAAAUACAAAAAUUAGCCAGGCAUUGUGGCGGGUGCCUGUAAUCCCAGAUGCUCAGGAGGCUGAGGCAGGAGAAUUGCUUGAACCAAGAGGCAGAGGUUGCAGUGAGCCAAAAUCACCCCACGGCACUCCAGACUGGGUGACAAGAGCGAAACUCCAUCUCAGAAAAAAAAAAAAAAAACCUUAUGUACAUACAAAAAUGUGUACAUGAAUGUUCACAGCAGUAUUGUGCAUUAUAGCCAAAAAGGGAAACCACUCAAAUGAUCACCAGCUGAUAAAUGUAUAAACAAAAUAUGGCAUGGUUGGUCAUACGAUGGAAUGUUAUUCAGCCAUAAAAAGGAAUGAAAUACUCAUACCACGAGAUGGAUGAACCUUGAAAACAUUUUGCUAAAUAAAAGCCAGAUGUAAAACACCA